GGAACAGAACGUAAUAUUGACAAACUGUCAAAUUACGAUCGGCUGAUAUCGUCGAUCGUAAUUGUGUUUAUUAAUAUUAAAAUGUAUUUAAUGGAAUAAUAUAAACAAAGCCAUGGAUGAAAACGAGUUCUUCAGACAGACAGUGCAGCAUUUGGCUCGAUGUUUAUCGAGUAUAAACCCGACACCAUGGGAGAAGGUGAACACAUUGUUCAUGCUAUGCCCUCAAGCUGGCUCCUCCCUCAUAGUGACUCCAAGAAGUCAAGAGGCCACCAUAGCGCUGGGACUGUACUUCCUUCAGAGCAACUUGCAGCAUCAGGAUAAGCUUCUGCCAUACUUCCUGAAAGUCUUAAAGUGUCUCACUACUGCGCAGUUUGAGGAGCCGCUGUGCAGAAUCAAAAAUGGCGACCGUAUCCCAAUGUCGGAGAAAUUCAGCUUCUGUCUCAACACCCUUCUCUCAGACAUCUCCACAAAGCAGCCGUCACUGCGAGAGGAAAUCAUCACAGCCCAAAUAGAGCUUAUGUCUAACCUCACAAAGAUCAUUAUGACUUGUCAUGAAAGCAAAGAUUAUAGUAGCACCAUCUCCAAAAUACAAUUGUGCAAAAGCACUAUUCCUAUAUUGAUAGGCUUAGCUCGUUCUAUGGGCCGGUAUGCUACAGUUGAACCGCCUCUCCUCUGUCGAUUAUUCCCUCAACCCCCAAGCCCUGUGAAGACUAAAGAACCUGAACCAAACUUUGAAUACUCCACCUUGGAUAAAAAGAGGAAAUUCAAUCAAUUUAGACCUAUAAUUCCUCGAUCCUUAUCUGGUAAUUUAAACCCUAAUAAUGAGAACCUUAUGGAUCAUGGCAACGAUACGGUUGAUAGUACAGGAGGGACCCUUAAAAGGGGUUCUCUCCAUAGUUACAACUCAGUUCCUUACGACCCUACAACAUAUUUUUUCCACAAGUUUGGGUCUAGUUUCAACCAGUUCCCGUACAUGAGGUUCUCGGAGUCUCCAGAGAAAAGGAUCAAUGUGCAGUUUUACGUGACGUAUCUGCAAUCGAUCCUUUCAUUAGCUAAGAAACUGCUUACCAAAGAUUUGCUGGCGUUUUUGGAUGAAGAAGCAGAAGAUAUUUACGCAUCGGGACAGAUUCAGGUGUUUCCAUACAAGUCUUUUUCGGAAACCUUGAACCUUGUGAUGGUGACACUUCUGCGAGAGCUGCUGCAGCACCAGAAAGAUUUGCCUGGACCUUUCACUAAGGAUGUUCAGGAAUUCGUCAAAUGCCUCUUCCUAAGUGGACAAACGGAACUGCAGAGCCGUCACCACGACGCUUCAGAGAGGGAAGACCGGGAGAGUAACUAUGCCACGGUCAAUAAGUUCAAGGUCAAUGUCAUGGCGAAUUCAGCCUGCGUUGACCUUCUCGUCUGGGCUAUUGGCGAUGAGACAGGUGCGGAUUCGUUAUGUGGACGUUUGACUGAGAAGAUAAACUCCAAUCAUAACCAUAAACUUAUAUUGGCACAUAUGCCGUUGCUGAUGGUCUGUCUUGAAGGACUCGGCAAGCUAGCGACAAAGUUCCCGACGAUAGCGAACACAUCGAUCUACUGUCUUCGUGACUUCCUAGUGACACCAUCGCCGAUACUCUUCAAGUUGCACAAGUUGGAGCUCGAGAAGACCGGCAAGGAACACAUGAAAGUCACUCUACAAGGCAAAGAGCUACAAGGCCUAACCGAGACCGGUGUUCCAGUGAAAUCGACGCCCUUCGAGAAGCUUCGAGACGCCGCCAUAGAGAACUUGUGCGUGGCGCUAGAAGCGGCCCUGACGGUGGACCCGUACUGCGUGCCCGCGCUAGUGGGCUCCGUCAGCAAUCGCCUCUUCACUGCCGAGACUAGUGAUAGUGAAUCUUCUCUGAUAAGUACGAACAUUGUGAUCAUGUUGGGCCACGUCGCCGUCGCGUUGAAAGACACGCCGAAGACCACUGACACCAUUCUGCAGUUCUUCCAGCAACGACUCUGCCGUGCCCCGUCAUCACUAGACACCCUGAUAGUAGACCAGCUGGGCUGCAUGGCACUGGCCAGCCCCGAGGGUCCGGCACACGACGAGAUCAUGCGGAUGUUCACCGUCAUCACCGUGGAGGCUGCCAGCGCCGCCUACCAUCACACUGAUGAUAAGAAGCAGUACCGGCACGUGUCAGGUGCCGUACUAAACGCGCUCGCGAACAUAGCGGCGAACGUUCGCGGCACUACGGCUCGACUCGAGCUGCUCACUCGACUGCUCGAGCUGUUCGUACAACUGGGACUGGGAGGGGAGAGGGCGACGGAUAGAUCGCCGGCCCCAGUGCUGAAGGCAUCUGGGAGUGCUGGGAACUUGGGUGUACUUAUACCUGUUAUAGCUGUCCUAGUAAAACGGUUACCACCAAUUAGGAACCCGAAGCCUCGACUGCACAAAUUAUUCAAAGAUUUCUGGCUAUACUGUGUAGUCAUGGGAUUUACUGCAGCCGAAUCAGGCUUAUGGCCCCAAGAAUGGUACGCAGGAGUAAAAGAGAUAGCAGUGAAAUCUCCUUUCCUUGUCUCUCAAACUUCACUUCGUUCGGAAAUGCGAGAGCUCCAAUACACGUCCGCUGUCCGCAACGACUCAGUCUCAAUUAACGAACUUCAGGAGUUGAAAACCCAAAUUUCGAAUCUGUUGGACCAUCCGCCCGAAGUGACGGUAUUCGUGAAUAAGUUGACUUUCGCGCCCUGUAUGUAUCUGCUCAGCGUUUAUUGGUUGGAGACUUUGAGAGUGAGUAAUUCACCAGAGCCAAGCUUACAACCGAUCAUAGAGUAUUUGAGCGAUUCCGCCUUACAGAAAGACAAGACCGGUAUGUGGCAAUGUGUUGCCAGUGUCGGCGACAAAGUAUUCCAAAAAUUCCUUGACGUGAUGUCAGACAAGGUUAAAGACGAGUCCCGGGAGAGGGAACUCGAGGGCCACGCUCAGUUCCUGCUGGUGAACUUCAAUCACAUACACAAGCAGAUACGCAGGGUCGCCGACAAGUGGCUCGCGGGACUGGUCGAUAGGUUCCCUCAUUUGUUGUGGAACUGUCGGGUCCUCUGGUCAAUGCUAGAUAUUCUGCAAGUUCUGAGCUUCAGUUUAGAAUUAGACGCGAAUCAAGAAACACCGUUACUGAAAGUACCUGGAACGGACUUCACUUUACAGCUGCAAGACACAUUGGAAGGCAGAGAGUGUAUUGUGAAAGAUUUUGCGGAUCGUUGCCACGGAAUAGUGCAAGAGGCAAUGAAAUGGGCGCCUCAGUCUACUAGGUCGCAUUUGCAAGAAUAUUUGAAUCAGGUACCAAACUCCACCCUCUGGCAUCACUGCGGCCUAGCCCUCGCCACUGGAGCCCUACUCGGCGCGGCCGGGCUCAACAGGAUGUCGGCCCCAUUGCCUCGGGCCGCCCUGGACAAACGUCCGCCUUGUGUCACGCAGGACUCCGCUGCGUUACUCGCUGUGGUGUCGCAAAGAAGUCGAUAUGCGGGCGAGAUUGCGGGAGCCGUCAGUGCGGAAGGUGGAGGGGAGGCAGCUCUCUGGCGCGUUGGAGCUCGUCUACAUUCAGCCCUUCGUGAUGCUUGCACCAGCGGCAGUGAAACCUCGCACAGGGCAGCACUAUGGCGUGCUACGGCACUGCUAGUGCACGCGCGGCACCACUCCCCGCACGCCGCGCACUCGCACACCGCGCCCACUGCGCGAGGCCUGCUGCAUUCUGUGGCCUGGUCUCAAGUGGAAAUCUUCACGGAAGACGCAGUAACUACCGCUGUGGAAUGUUGGCAAUGGCUGACCACAGCCCGACCAGACUUGGAGAUACGACUCAUGCAGGAAAUAUUCUCCGCGUGGCAGAGCACUGUGGAUCGGAAGAUGGGGCUGUUCUCGAAGCAGCAGGAUGAGAUCAGUCCCCUGGCUGCUCAUGAAGGAGCAAAACUAGAACCUCGUCCACCGUUCGUGGCGCCACACGCGGUGUGGGUUCGAUACCUGUGCGAGGUAGCGGAGACUGCCAAGUACAACAGCUUAGAGAAAGUCGAGAUGUUGGCCAGUUUGUUACAUAGGUCACUUCCAAUCACGGUUGGAGAUAUAAGGGAUCAUAUAAACAGACAUGUUGAAGCCGUUGGAGUGAGAUUUAGACUCCUAUCCUGCGGCCUAUCCCUCCUCCAAGGGGACAUACUCCCCCGCUCCAUAGCUCGCAACAUCCUCCGCGAGCGAGUGUACGCGUCCUGCCUGGACUACUUCUGCCGCGGCCUCACCUGCCCCGCCAAGAGUGCCAGCGCCCUCAGGGAGGACAUCAUCUCCCUCAUCAAGUUCUGGCAGCUCAUGCACUCUGAUAAGAAGUAUUUGAAGAGCAGCGACAUUGCUGGUGAAUUCGAGCUGAUGGGCCCGAGCAGUAAUCAGAGCAUUUACACUUCCAACUCACCCAUAGACAACAGAUCUUCUGUCAACAGCGACAUUGGCAGUCGACAAACUACUGGUUGGAUAAAUACGGUGCCGAUGUCAACGACAACCCUUAGUAGCGGUGCUGGUAGUAUAGCAGGCAAGCGGUCGAACCGCAGCGUGAAACCGCCCGCCAAACCACAGGACACAUUCGUCAAAGACUACGUUAGGAAGAGGAACCUUAUAUUGGAGUUAAUGGCAGUAGAGAUCGAGUUCCUAGUGACUUGGCACAACCCUCACGGCAGACCCGAGCAGGCGGUGCCGGGCGAGGACAACAUCGCCACGUGGCGGUCCAAGCCCAACACUGACAGGACUUGGCGGGACUACGCCAAGCUUGCCUGGGAUAUUAGUCCUACACUCGCUGUGUUCUUGCCUGAGAGGCUGAAAAACGAAGGCAUAGUAGCGGAGAUACGUCGCAAGGUGCAAGCUCAACCAACUGCCGUGUGCCACGUACCGCAAGCGCUCAAGUAUCUUGUCACUACUGAUACUCUACUUAGCGAUGCUCAUGAGCUCGUCCACAUGAUAACCUGGGCCCGAGUAACACCAGUGGAAGCCCUCUCGUACUUCAGUCGACAGUACCCGCCGCAUCCUCUCUCUGCGCAGGCGGCUGUUAGUACGCUGACGUCAUAUCCGUCUUCUGCCGUACUGUUGUAUAUACCGCAGUUGGUGCAGGCUUUACGACAUGACACUAUGGGCUAUGUAGCGGAAUUAAUAAAGUCUUUAGCGAAGAAGUCACAAGUGGUAGCUCACCAGCUCAUUUGGAAUAUGCACACCAACUUAUAUACGGAUGAAGAAAUGCAUAAUAAAGAUUCAUUAUUCGACAUCCUAGAAAGCCUAACAAAGAACAUAGUGGACCACUUAUCUGGUCCCGCUAAAGCGUUCUACGAGCGAGAGUUCGACUUCUUCAGUCAGAUCACGAACAUCAGCGGAGUUAUCCGACCUUACCCGAAGGGCGCCGAGAGGAAACGAGCCUGCUUGGAGGCUUUGAAGAAUGUUAAGGUUCAACCCGGAUGUUAUUUGCCUUCAAAUCCGGAUUCUAUGGUGGUUGACAUCGACUACAAGAGUGGUACACCUAUGCAGAGUGCAGCGAAAGCCCCUUACCUGGCGCGGUUCAGAGUACGGAAGUACGGUAUUGAUGAGAUGGAAGCUAUCGCUAUGGCUAUAUCUUCCGGCGAAGAUUUACCUUCGGAAGAAGGCAAAGACAGAUAUACAGGCAUAGCGUCAGAAGUAUGGCAGGCCGCCAUAUUCAAAGUCGGAGAUGACGUACGACAAGACAUGCUAGCUUUACAAGUUAUAUCCUUGUUCAAGAACAUUUUCCAACAAGUUGGGCUCGAUUUAUAUCUGUUCCCGUAUAAGGUCGUCGCCACUGCACCUGGAUGUGGCGUAAUAGAAUGCGUGCCGAACGCGAAGUCUCGCGACCAGCUCGGGCGACAGACCGACAUCGGCAUGUACGAGUACUUCAUCAAGAAGUACGGAGACGAGACCACCAGGGAGUUUCAGGCAGCGCGUCGUUGCUUCGUGACAUCGAUGGCAGCGUACAGUGUGAUCGGCUUCCUGUUGCAGAUCAAGGACAGACACAACGGCAACAUCAUGUUAGACGUCGACGGACAUAUUAUACAUAUCGAUUUCGGCUUCAUGUUCGAGUCAUCCCCUGGAGGUAACCUCGGCUUCGAGCCUGACAUCAAGCUGACUGACGAGAUGGUGAUGGUGAUGGGCGGCAAGAUGGAAGCCCCACCCUUUAGGUGGUUCUGCGAACUGUGUGUGCAAGCCUUCCUUGCUGUCAGACCCUACCAAGAAGCAAUAAUAUCAAUGGUAUCCCUAAUGCUAGACACAGGACUACCAUGCUUCCGAGGUCAGACUAUCCGCCUUCUACGUUCCCGAUUCGCGCCGAAUUCCACGGAGAAGGAAGCAGCAGCCUAUAUGCUUUCAGUCAUAAGGAAUUCCUUCCUGAACUUCAGAACUAGGACAUAUGACAUGAUACAGUAUUAUCAAAAUCAGAUACCGUAUUAAAAAAGGUUUUUUUUUGGUUAAUUUUUGAAGGUAAAUGUGAACUUUUCAGCCUUUUGUUGAUGGUGAAAUAAAUGUUUUGAAUUCUGCGUUUCAUGUUGCGUGAUAUUUUUUUUAUAUAGUUUUUGUUUUAAGACCCUGAUGGUGCAAUGGUUAUUAUAUAGCACUGCUAAGCAGAGGGUGCAAGGGUUGGUUCCCGGUACAGACAACAUUUUUGCGAUGACUAUAUUUGUUGGCUGUGUGCUGAAUGUUAUAAAUAUCCCAUAACACAGGCUCGCUUACUUUGGGUUUAACCGACCGCGUGGAAAGGUGUCCCUAUAGUAUAUUACCGUUUUUACCUACCUAAUAUGGACGGUAACAUAAUAUGGACAUCAUGUCAUACUUAUUCUUGCCAUCAAUUACUCUCUAAAUAAAGUUUCUCAAAGCCUUCGAUAGCCACUUUAAUAUUUGACUUCUAGACAUUGUCUCUUAUCACUAUUCAUACGCGAUUGUCGAGUGAUGAUAUUGGUAAGCUAUACUGGCAGUAGUGCAGAUUUAUAUAACCUAUCUAUCUGUUAUUUUGCGAUUCGAAAUUGAAAUGUGUUAUAUUUAGACAAAGCUAAUCAUCGUGCGAGCCUUUUUUCCCAACUAUGUAGCUGAGUACCAGCGCUUUACAAGGAAAAGAAAAAAGAAAGGAAAAGGAAGCCUUUUUAUUUAUACAAAGCUAAUGUCAAUGUUUAAUCUCUAAUUGCAAAAACAACGGACAGAUAUGUUAUAGAAAUCCAGCGUUAGAUACUAGUUACCGCUCGUGGUUUUACCUGGAUUUAUUAAAAUAAAACGCCAAAGUACGACACAAAAAGACAGUUUAUUAAGCACAUUCAAUAUUAUCUUGCGAAUGAAUUGACAACAUGUAGAUAUUAUUAUAAAUUGCCACUGCGAAGUAUAUCGAAUUAUUUUUUUCACUACUACAAUAUUUAAAACAUCUUAUAUCUAUAGGGUUUAAAAUUUUGCAUCACCAAGCAGAAAGCUGUGCUCAUAACUUCUAAAUAACAAAAACAUUGCUAACAAAACCUUAUAAAUAGCUAAACGGAAAAUUAUAAUAGUUGUAUUGUUUUGAAUGUCCUAUGACCUUUGUUUGAAAGCCUGAAAUUUUCCAUAAGUUUUCCGUAAUAAAAAAAUAUAAUUGUCAGUUAAGAAUUCAACUAAUUUAUAAAGUAAUAUAAAAUAUUGCGUAUGCCACUGACGGCUUGGUGCUGCCUUUUUUUACACCCAAACAAUUCGGUAGAAUUAAAAUGCAUAUAAAAUAAACGUUCACAGUGAAAAAGUCUUUUAAAUGGUUAUCCAAAAUAUAAUAUAGGAGAGAUAUAGAAAACUAAAUAAUUUGUUUUUAUAAGAUAUGUUAAAAUAUCAGUAUAAUUGACAGAGUUACAAAAAUGCGAGAAAAUAUGUUACUUGGUUCCGUAUUUCAAUUUUGAUCCAAACAACCAUUUAUAAAAAUUGGGGAUUCCUGUACUUACCGAAUAGUUUUAAUAGAAUUAUAGGAAUACAUUAAAUAGUAAUAAAAUAUCGAGUGAAAGAGUCGAUAUUUUUGUUCACAACACUUACAAACUAUGAGUAAAUAUUUGAAAAUUCACACAAAGUUUCAACUAACCUAUUUAAUUUAGGCCAUUUAUCCAAAAGUCUGUCACUAGCCUUUUCUCAAAAAAUCGUAUGAUCAAAGUGGACUUAACAUGAGUAUUUCACUGAGCGUUUACAAAUGUAGAAAGUCAUCUCGGCUGAUCCUGGUCUUAGAAAUAGAUAAGAUAAGUAUUUUGACCCAGGUACUUCACCGGUAGUAAAUUCUAUUUUAUCUGCCUUUUUAUAGAGAAUUUUAAAAUGUUAUUGUGCGUUAGUCGUCCUUAGGUUAAAUGGCCUAAAUCUAAUCGCACUAGACAGACUAUAAAAACAAAACAAUAAUUCAUACUAUUGCGCUUAAACAUCGAUAAAAUAUUUGUGACUAAUUCAAAUAAUAUGUCUAACAUUUUGUGCGCAGACUCUUAAAUAAAUUGAGCAUUUAAAGUCACUAUGACGUUUUGAAAAUGGCGUCGAAAAAUCCGUAAUGCUUACAGAAAACUCCAAAUAAAACACUUUAAAAAACCUUAAAUAUUAAUAUUUUAAAGUAGUCCAAAUCAUGCCAGCGUAUAUUAUUUAACCCUUUGAAAAACCAUACUCAAAAGUUACCCUGAGAUCCGAGCUUUAUUUCCAUUCAUUGAUCUAACAAUUCAAAGAGUUAAAUAUUACAGACUAGACAAAAAUAUGCGACACGUCUCUGCCUAGCGCGAUCUUUACUUACACGAUACUUAUAAUAUUUCGAUUAAAUAUUGAGUAAAUGUGUAUUUUGACACAUAAAUUGAGUAUUAUAGACGAUUAUUAGGUAUAUUAUCAGAGAUUUCAUCUUCCGAGAUAAAAUUACAUUUAACACAGAGAGAUUUUAAGUUAAAAUAUCUUAUUAAAUUAGUUCAAUAAUAGACUGAUUAUUACUCAGGUUCAAAAUGAUUAAAUUCACACCAAAAGAUCAUUUUAGAUGCGAUUUACCUCUCACGUUAUUUUACGAUAUAAUUUUCUUUUACUCUUACGAUCUUAAGUAAAAAUGCAACAUUUCCAAAAAAGAUAGUUUUUAUUGUCAGAUCGGUCUAUUAUUGAAAAUACAAUAUGAUUAUCUUAAAUAGGAAAGAGCGUUAAACACACAUAAUAAUUUAAUUACGAUACUACGCAAUAAAACAUAAACUUAUAAACAUCUCAUGUUUUACUAAAAGCCAAAAAAUAUAGUAUUGCAUUCUAAACACGUCAUUUUCAACUUUAAAGCUGAAAUAAUAAAAAUCAUUUUACAAUAAAAAAAUAUUAUUUGAUAUAAAAACUCAACCUAGUGUGUUAUGACAUAAAGCUUAUAAUAUUUGAGCAAAAUAUACAUUGGCACAUUGAGAAAAACUUACAAACUAUGUUUAGUGAUUUUGAACUCUACGGUGAAAGAAAUAAGGUAGAUUGGGUGGUGAUUGGACUUUAAUUACUACUAAUUGAAGGGAGGGGUCUAUAUUUAGAAAAUGUGGAAAUUGUACUAAUAGGUUUGUCAAGUUGGUUCACAUAUUUUUUUCACGAAUAAAUCUAGUGGUGGUACGGUAACUGAUUCCUCUAAUAAAAAAUAUUUAUUUAAUUCUAUUCUAUGUUUUAUGUGAUCAGUGUUAAAAUAUAUUAGUUUCAAUUUAAUCGUACUUAUUUAUCUGAAUGUCAAAAGAAGGUAAAAUGGUGAAUGGAAAUUAAUAGGGGAAGGAGAUUUAAUUUAUUAAUUGUAAUUUUUUCAACCGGUUUUUGGAAUUUCUAUGUCAACAUUUGAAAGGAUUGGAGCCCUAAUAACUGCCUAUAUAAAAAAAAAAAACAAUAAUUUAAUCUUUGGAGACCUCUUUUAAAAGAAAGUUAGUGGCUCCCUCUAUAACCAAAAUUGUAAUAUUCUAAAUCAUGAUAAUGUUACCAUAGCUAUAGAAAUAUAUCAAUGAAUAAUAAGCAAAUAUUUAUAAAUAUAUCAAAUUAUAUAUUAGGCUGUUUUGAAUGUUUAUGUACCUUUCUAAGUGAAAAAAAACUUUAUUUAUUGUACGAAUAGUACUUAGAAGACUUUAGGCCAAUUUCUAGAUGUUAUUUAAAAAGUUAAUAAUGUAAGCAAGGAUUUUACCUAAUUACAUACUGUUAAAAUUGCAAAAUUGCCCCAUUUGAAAUUUGACAUUUGUUUGUAAUAAAAAUACUGAAGAAAAAUAGUAAACCGAUUUCCAAAAUGACUAUUUAAAAAUUUAUGCACUCUAUAUUAUGUAUAUCAAUUUAUGGAAAAUGUUUAUUUUAUCGGCAACUUUUAAAUGUUUCUCAAAAUUUUUAAGUAAUUAAAAUCCUUGCUUAAAAAGUCGUUUCAUGAUUCUACUUGAAGAAAGUCAUACAGUUCUAUAUAAGUGUUGUGUUGAAACAUUCUGUAUAUAAUGUUAUAUUGUUAAUGGUACAUUUCUGACAUUCCUCAGGAUAAUUCAUGUUGUUUGAACGAAUAUAUCUGGUUAAGGUAAA